GAAUAGUAAGUUGACACGGUGAAAGCGAACCCCAGAUCUCCAUAUCGCACGGGAAGGCGCAGCGGCGAUCCACAGGGACACAACUCCCGGCACGACAACUCUGCUUUAUGUAUCCAUGUAGGUAACGGGAGGGCCAAAGAGAUGAGGUUGCGGUGCGGACGGGACGAGUUUGCGGGGACAAUCGGUUGAGAUCAUGACUCCCCAUGGUGCUCGGUGUCGCCGCCCACGGCAAGAUCUGGCCAGAGUGCUCGGUACACAAGAUGAGCUGCUAGCGUACGUCUGAAGUAUGCAACCCGAUGUCCUGGUCACCGGGAAACAUGGCGUCCUCCGGCCCAGGCUCUACUGGAUCUACCUGCUAUGUGGAUUACUGGCGUGCGUCGGGCCCUGGCCCGCCCUCGGACACACCACCGAGGCUCCCACCACCGAGGGUCCGACGAAGACGAACUGUGAGACCCCUUGUCCCGACAAGUGCCUCUGCUCUGCCGUCCCGAAGGCGUGCACUGUCGACUGUACGGGACAGGGGCUCCGUCAAGUGCCAAGCCCUACGGGUCUACCGAUCCCGACAAAGAAACUCAUCUUGUCGGAGAACAAUGUGUCCACUAUAGCAGAAGAUGCCUUCAAGAGUCUACAAAAUUUAGAGGAAUUAAUUAUGGAUAGGAAUAAUAUAAGCAGUCUUCCCAACAGAGUAUUUAAUAAUUUAUCAAGUCUCAAGAUUUUGAAUUUGACGUACAAUUGUCUAGAGUCAUUAGAAGUAAAUAGUUUUGAAGGAUUGACGUCCCUAGAAGAAUUGCUGCUUCAGGGUAAUAAGUUGAAUAGUGUUCCUGAUGACUUGUUUGCUGAUUCAAGUGCCAUCGCUGUGUUGUCAUUUAGAGAAAACCUCCUAACUACACUUCCUGAAAAUGUAUUUCAAAACCUCACUUCAUUACAAGAGCUCGAUUUGUCCAAAAACCGCCUGACUUCCAUGUCAAAGCAACUGUUCACGGGCCUUCACAUGUUGCAUACCCUGGACCUGUCUUCCAAUGAGCUGGACAACCUAACCUAUGGAGUGUUUGAUGACCUUGUUGCCAGCAACUCAAGCUUGACCAGCUUGUCCCUUGGCUCUAACCCUUACCAGUGUACCUGUGACCUUUUCUGGCUGCCCCUGUGGCUUACAGUAGCCACAGGUGCCAACAUUACCCUGCCUGACCAACCCAACAUCACCUGUGUGGACCCACAAACCAACACAGUCAAACAUGUGGAUCAAGUUGACUUCAGCCCUCUUAACUGCAAGCCUUGCAAACUCUCAGCAGGGCUAUUAGCAAUCCUGAGGAAGCAUAGACACAGCAAAGUCCAUUGGCAUGAGAAACAUAGUCUGAGUAGACACCGGAGUAGUAGAGGGCGAAGAAAUGCUCAAUCCUACGGAGCUUGCUAUACUGACACGGACACUGGAGAGGAAAGUCUGGUGUUCUUUCAGUACGAGCAAAGUGGAUCACAUGACACUGCUUCUUGCAAUGCUAUCUGCUAUGCACAAGGCUACAGCUAUGGCGGCUUACCAGAUGCACAAGACACUUGUUACUGUGGAGAACUGGCUGAAUCCUUCCCCUUCUAUACAGGAUGCAAACUCCUGUGGUGUGAGUGGGACCAUACCAUCAGCAUAUCAAUACAACAGAGUGUGUGUCAGGGCCACUUAGGAAUUCCGUCAUCUUUCAAAACAUUCCCAACAUUUCACAUCUCAAACACCAGAACUUAUUACUCCAUCAAUGAAGACAUUGACUUUACUCUGGCUGGAAUACUCACUGAUUCCACAAAAUCUUACGUCUGGGAUUUGGGGGACGGAUCUCCACAAGUCAACAAGACAGGACUCUCCAUCAACCACAAGUACAGCGUAGAUGGAACAUACACUCUUCUUGUGGAGGGACUCUACAACGGCACAGUUGUCACUACGUGGAUGUCAGUAGUUAUCGUGACGCCCAUCACAGGCGUGACACUGACAUGUCCGCCGUCUCACUACACGGGAAGUGACGCGUUCUCUGUGACGUUGGAAGCGCAGACGGGGUAUAACAUCAGUGUCCAGUGGCUUGUGUCUGACUACCACGUAGAAGGAUUCAUCACUGAUGAGCCAGAUGCAGACUACAGACAGUACUACAUGGUUGGAUCUGUUGUCUUCGAUUCCGUGGACAUUCCUGCAGUAAACAUGACAGCACAAGCUGGUGUAGCCUCUGCAAACACGAAGAGAUUGCUGCUGUUUCCUGGGAUGUGGUUCCAGCACACAGGGCUGCUGAGCACGUGGGAGUUUGUAGCUGCGCCAGGUGUAUCCAACAUCCACCUGCAGGUGUACAGACCCACCUGUCCUGGGUUUGGCUCGUAUCUGCUCCCACCUGGAUGUCAAUCCCUGCCCUCCCCCUAUGCCACUUGCGUGUCAGGUCAGUUAUGCAACGCCACAGACAGCUGUCCUGCGGGCCAGCAGUAUUGCUACCUCAGCUCGUCCUGCCAGGCUAUUACUGAGCCUUGCAGUGAGUAUGCCAUGAUGAACCAAGCCCUACCACCGCGGUACAUCAACGCCCAGCCCAACUACACCCUCGCUGGAGAAACCAAUUUGCAUAUCAGUGUAACGGAGCGCACCCUGGUCCGAGUCGACAUCUCUCAGCAACCAAUCACAGUGUAUCAAGAUGACAUCAUCGGUGUUCAGUUUGACAGCAAGGACGCUCUACAGUAUUACAACUCCUCAACGUCCGAAUGGGUGCAAAGUGCCCUGUACAUGGAACAAGAUGACUGGGUCCAAAUGUGGACCCAACCAGAGGAGUACUCAGACACCUGGUUUGACGAUGCGCUUUUUGAAAUCCGAGCCAUGUACACAGUCAGUGAAACAUUUUCAUAUAGUCCUAGUAAUGCUGACAUUAUCAAAGCAAGGCCAGUUGGCACUGUGACCUUUGCAGCCAUUGUGGAAAACCCAGUUACACAAAGAACUGCUCGCAACUGCACCAUCACCUUUGAGGAUGCCAUAGAGGGUGCUGAGUUGAUCUACCCCAUUCCAGGCGACGAUGGAAUUAUCCGUCUGGAAACAGGCAAGGAGUACAACUUUGUUGUCAUGAUCACCAAAGGAACUGAUGUUUCUGCUACCUUCAUUUUCUGGUCGGAAGUGCAUGCAGGGAUUCCCGUCCAAGACACCUGUCCAGAUGACAUGGAGGACGUUCCUCAGGAGUGCACUCCCACAUCAAACACUACAAGUUACGCUUUCUAUUCCAAGCAGUAUGACAGCAGCACAAAUCAGUUUCACUUGUCAGUCCAGUUGACAAACCUUGUGACUCAAGUCACAGCAACAAGUACUGUUCAGGUGGAUGAGGUCAUCAGUGGUGUAACCAUCAGCUCAUCCAGCCCUCGUACUGCUGAAGGAAUAGAACAGACCUUCACAGUUUCCUAUGCCACUGGGACAUCAGUGAAUUCCUACGAGUGGUACAUCGAUGACUCUGUUGUUCUCAAUGCUGAUUCUUCGUCAUUUUUCCACACGUUCUCCGAAGCAUCAACACAUACUAUCUAUGUUGUCAUUGAAAAUCCUCACGGUGCUGCCAAUGCAACCCUGGACAUCACCAUCGACCAAAUGGAGGCUAUGCAAGACCUGAUGUUUGUCAACGCACCUGCCUUAGAGGCUGCCGGUGAUGCUGUCACCUUCACAGCCACAGCAGCUGUGGACUCUUAUUAUGACUACACCUGGCAAUGGGACUAUGGAGAUGGCCACAGUGACACCAUAUCCUCCUCUGCCCCUUACACUGGUGAUACUCCCAUUGCCAAUACAUACUUGGUACAGCAUGGGGAGAGUAUCAACCACACCUUUGCCAACCCCGGAAUCUACACUGUAAACGUGCUCGUGUUUAACAAUUAUGGAAACAUAUCUGCCCAGCAUACAGUUGAAAUCCGUCCAAAGCUAACCGGAGUCAGUGUUACAGCCGAGCCAGUGGCAGUUGAGCGAGGCGAGCCAGUGACUCUGACUGCUACCCCACACGGUGCUACAGAAGAUGUCACAUAUAAGUGGAACUAUGACGACUCCUCGACAGAUGAAGGCAGCUCAAAUGUCAGCAUUCAUACCUACACAGUUGCUGCUACUUACAAUGUUUCAGUGACGGCAGACAAUGGAGUUAGCAAAGCAGCCAGUUUUGUCCUGGUCAAAGCUCAAGUUAAAGUCACUGGCUUGGAACUGUCGACAGAUCCUGAGGUGACUGAGAUGAACGAGGUCACAACAUUGACUGCGACAGUACAAACAGGAACAGACCUGUUGUACAACUCUGAUAUGGGGGAUGGGUUUGUGCUUUACAACCUAACAAGCCCGUUCGUGCACACCUACACAUAUCCUGGCAACUACACUGCAAAUGUGACAGCCUUCAACGACAUCAGCUCCGAGUGGGAAACUAUUACAGUCAUGGUCAUCAGCUCCUUCACCAUAGACAAUGUCACCUCAGGGAGUUGCACAGAGCUUGGGAAGAUGACGACGUUUGAGGCAUCCAUAACAACAGACAAUAUAGACAUACUGCAGUUUACGUGGUAUUUCGGAGAUGGCAAUGCCACCACAGUACUGGGAUCCCCCAUCAUUACACACAGGUAUGGAACAACAGGCAACUUCACGGUUCGUCUGAAAGUGGAGAACACACAGAAGGUGUUGUGGGAAACUAUCUAUGGCUGCGUUCAGGAGCCAAUCAGUGGUGUUUAUGUCACAGCAAGCGGGCCCACUGCCUUGGGUCAUGAGACAACAGUCAAUGUUGUACUAGGAACUGGCUCUCACUACGUGUACAGAGUAGACUUUGGAGAUGGUGUACUUGAGACAUAUGAUGGCGGCUCAGAUGUCAAACAUGUCUAUGGGUCAGCUGGAAGCUACAAUGUGACUGUUACUGUAGAGAAUGAAGUUACAACGACAACUGUAACAACCACAGCAAGAGUUGUAGAAGAGAUUUCAGGUAUCAGUAUCACACACAAUGGCACAAACCAAGACUUUGUUAGAUCACAAAGUCUCUACACAUAUCAGGCUAAUGUAGCAAGAGGGACAGAAGUGGACUACACCUGGAACUUUGGUUAUGAUCAAGAAAUUGUAUCUGGUGAAAUCCAAACCUACCAGUACGAUGUAUCAGGGAUAUACAUUGUCACAGUCAAUGCUUCCAAUGAUGUGAGCAGUUCCUCCAACAGUGAAAUUAUCACGGUACAAGAUACUGUUGAUGGCACACGUGAGCAGCAAGGCAACAGAGAUCUUGGUGGGGUCUUCAUCUUCUUUGAUGCAGACAUUACGGCUGGUACUGAUCCAAAAUACACAUGGAAGCUGUGCAGCACAUGCUCAUCCUUUGUUGGAAGUGACAGUAUCACAAGACCCUUUGAUGCUGUGGGCACUUUUGAAGUUUCUGUGAAUGUUGCAAAUGAAGUCAGCAGUGAGGAAGUGUCAACUAGUGUCACCGUCAUUUACCCCGUGAAAGGUGCACAGAUCAGUGGCGACUUAACAGCAGGGUCUCUGCAUGCUGCAGGCCAGGCAUACACGUUUUCUGCCAGUGUCUCGGAGGGAAGUGCUGAUCACUACCAGUGGGAGGUCAGCAAGUAUGGCUCACACAUAAGCACCUUCACGGGAUCUGAAGUUCACAUUACGUUUCCAGACUAUGGACAGUAUGAUGUUUCAGUGGUGGUGAGUAACAGUGUCAGCGACAGUGAGGCUAGCAUGACAGUGGAUGUGAUUGAGCUGGUGACUGACGUGGACCUAACUGCCUCCAAAACAAUGGCAAGCAACGAAGACGAAGUGACAUUCACAGCAGCGUCUACAGGGACAAACCUCACAUUUGUUUGGAGCUUGGGAGAUGGCAGUCCAAACAUUGAAACAACAGAACCUCAAGUUCAGCACCAGUAUAACCUUGCUGGUACUUUCCUUGUCACAGUGAAUGUCAGCAAUGACCUGAGCUCAUUGAAGUCUACUUCCUUGCCUGUAGAAAUCCUUGAAAAAAUCUCUGGGCUUGACUUGGAAACCACCACAACCGAUACUAACUACUAUGCUGGCCAGAACGAAUUCACAAACUUUGUAGCAACACUUACCAGUGGCAGCAAUGUCACCUACAGCUGGAGAUUCACUGAUGGAGGCAGAGAAACAAGCUUCAACGGCUUGGACUUGGAUGAAGCAAAAAUGGUGUACAACAUGCUGGGUAACCAAACGGCUUCUCUGAGUGCCGACAAUGAUGUCAGCCAUCAGAACAUCACACGGACAAUCGUUGUUCAGAAGAGGCCCACAGUUGUCACACUGUGGCCCAAUGCAUCAUAUGUCGAAACGUUGGACGUUAUCAGUAUAACUCAACAGGUUGAAGGUACAGAUCUGGAAUACGAGUUGGACUUUGGGGAUGGACAGCAGAUGAUUGGGGAUUCAUUGCCAUCAACAAUAUUGCACAGCUACUCCAAAACUGGUACCUAUGCCUUGUCCCUGACGGUGAAAAACUUUGUUGGUCAAGAGGAGUAUGUCGUCUCUAUCACUGUGUUACAGCGCAUCGAAGGUCUAGCCAUCAACACUAAUUGCAUCAUGCCGUACUGUACCAAUGGUUUCUUAAGCCUCGGGGAAGAAUUAGAAUAUGCAGCAAAGUGGGUCCAGGGAAACAACAUCACAUUUACCUGGGUGGUCGUACAAGCAGAUGGCUCUACCAUUGGAUCGACAGGUGAGACAAUGACAUUUGCACCAACACAGCUGGGGUCUCAGUCAGUGACCCUUAGGGCUGAAAACUGGCUGAACAGCGUGUCUGUGGCUGAAACCUUCACAGUACAAGAGGAGAUUGUAAGCGCAACACUGACUACGAGCAACAUCAUAAACCUGUACGAGAAUGCCACAGUGUCAUUCCACAUGGGCAUCUCCUCUGGGAGUGAUGUCUACUACGAGUGGGAUUUCAAUGACGGCUUCUCAAUUUUUGAAACCUCAGUGUCAGAUCAAAACCGCACCUUCCCCACUGCUGGAGACUAUCUUGUGAGAGUCAAAGCCUUUAACAACAUAAGUUUGGUUGUGAAGGAAAUCGCCAUCACAAUUCGGGAGUUGAUGUGCCAGGAACCAACCGUGGACAGAGUCGGACUCUUUUCAAAAGAAGUCCUGAGGUCCAGCGAAGCAUUCUUGGAGGUGGAUGUGAACACCUUUGACUGUACCAAGUACAGAGUGAUCCAUCAGUGGACAGUUUACCAGGGAAGCCAGUGUGGUGUCAACAACAUCACGCUGCCAUCAUCGGUCAACCGUGCAUCUACCCGGUUGAUUCUGCCCAAACAGACCCUCGGCUAUGACCUUUACUGCAUCGAGUAUCAGAUUGUCUACCAGGACACGCCGGUGCUGUCUGUUGUCAGGUUCUCGCUCCGUGUGAAGGCGUCGCCUCUCACACCUCUCAUCAAGGGGGGCACGGAGAGGACCCAGUCAUCCACCCAGGAGCUCCUGCUGGAUGGAACAUCGUCCUUUGACCCCGACACUCCGGACAAAACAGGACUGACCUUCCAGUGGAACUGCCAGGCAUACACUACACAGAAUGGUCCAAAUGAUCCCACUGCUGCAUGCAAUGUCAUUGACUGGGCUACACUGCAACACAAGAGCUUGGUGUCCAUCCCUGCAAACACACUGCCCGAAGGAACCACCUUCCUCCUCAACCUAACAGUUGGGAAACAGGACCGAGUACCGCAGUCAGCGCAACAAACAAUUGUUGUAAACGUGCAGAAUGUCCCAUCAGUGUUCAUCACCUGCGUGUCCUGCAUCUCCCUGAACACCAUGACCAUCAGCUGGAACCAACACGUCACCGUGACAGGCGAGUGCCAGAACUGCAACCCAGACGCCGUCUACAAAUGGGACGUGAGAGCAGACGACAACAGCGUGUUUGAGCUCAACGAAUACACAACGACAACAGGAGAUAGUUCUAGGAACCUUGUUCUCCGGCCAGGUGCUCUGGCCAGUGGUCACGGUUACACUUUCACCUUGACUGUAACAGAUGGUUCCCAACAUGGAUAUGCGACUUUACACCUGGAUCAUAAUGACCCCCCGAGUGGAGGACUGUGCACUGUAAGCGCCAGUGAGGCAAAAAUCAUAGCAUCAUACACGACGGUGACCUUUGACUGCUCCGGAUGGAAUGACAACAACAACAUUUAUGCCGACCUGUUGAUCAACAUCAUUGUCAUGAGACAGACUGGGCAGCACACCUAUGAGUCUUUCCUGCUUUACCGUGGCACACAAACCACGUACCAGUCCACACUGCCUGUGGGGCUAGAUGACUGGAACCACAACGUCAGAGUCGUCAUCCUUGUAGAGGAUCGUCUAGGAGCGCAGGCAGAAGCAUUCAACAGCACCAUGACUGUGGAGUAUCCAGAGAAGACGGACCUGAAUGGGUUUGACACUGUUGUACAGUGGCUGUCCAACAGAACAUCUACAGACCUACAGAAUGCUGAACAAAAUGGCAACACUCAGCUCAUUCUGGGAUUGGCAUUGAUCUCGGCAACAAUUCUGAAUGUAAGGUCCGAGGAAGCCUGGGCAAGCAACGCAAAUGAUGGGGAGUUUAGCGAUCGGGAGAAUCUCCGCAGUGACAUCAUCAACACGGUGACAUCGCUGUCAGGGUCUAUCAGUACCAAGGAGGACAGCAAGCAGGUUUCUGCUGUUCUGUCGCUGUGUACGAUGUUCCCCCCGGAAAUGAUCUCAGAGACCAGCCACCAUGGGAUAACCAGUGCCCUGGAGGACUUGGUCCAGAUCCAGGAGGAAGAGGCUGAAGAGGGUCAGGUUGUGGACAUGGACACUGCCACCAACAUCAUGAACAUCAUCUCCAACCUUAUGGAUGCAGCCAACCUCAACAUUUAUGAGCCAACCACUGACAUCUCUGUGUCUUUCAGUGAAUCCCACCGGAGGGAAGUGGUGACCAACACAUACAGCCUAGCCUCCAGGUAUAACUAUGCCCUGCUGAAGAGCAAGGUGGAGGGAGAAGAGGACAUAGUCAUCACUGCACCUUCCAUCUCCUCACGGGCCAAGCUCACGCAGGCCAGUGUCGUCAGCACAGCCCAGAACAUCAGCGGCAGUCAGUUUGUUGUGCCCAGGAGCGUGUUGGGCGUAUCUUCAGAGGUAGUGAGUCAGGUUGAGAUGGUAUUCGACACUAACCCCUUCACCUGGGGUCAUCAGCAUCACAUCUCCUCCCAGAUGAUGUCCCUGCAGUUUGCCAGGAGUGACCAGACGGAAGUGAGCGUCGACAACCUGCCUGAGGAGAGCCAAAUCAAGGCCUUCAUGGUCGAGGGUGGCUUACGGAACACAAUCAUAGGGGGCAGUCUUGUGGGCAGUCCUGGCUACGAUCCCUCGGAGGGUGAGCAUGCUGGGAUGUCACAAGUGAACUUGACCAUUACAAACAACUACCAGAAGCAGGACGUGCAGGUGUCUGUGGGACUCUACUGCUCGUCUUGCCUGUACUACAACCAGGACACUGGAGAGUGGGAUGAUGCUGGACUGACCGCCAGCGCUGAGUCCACUGCGACCGUGUCUGUGUGCUACACUUCCCAUCUUACCUCCUUUGGGGCUGUUGUUCUACUGCCUCCAAAUGCCAUCACCCUGGAAGACUUCCCAACUCUGGAGGACAUUGCCCAGAACCCCGUUGCCCUGAUCACCUGCAUGUGUUGGCUGGCUGUGUUCCUGGUGGCUGGGUUUGUGGUCAGGAAGCUGGACCUGCGGGACAUCAGGAAGGUGGCCGUGGUGCCGCUGUGCGGGCGGGACGGUCCCUACAAGUACGAGAUCUCUGUCAUGACUGGAAUGACCAGAAACUCAGGAACGACUGCCCAUGUUGGAGUGAACAUAUUUGGUUCCAAUGGGAAGAAAAGCGGGCGGCGCGUUCUGCUGAAACCCAACGCCUUCCUGAGGAACAGCACGGACGUGUUCCAGAUCGCUGUAGAUGGAAGCCUUGGUGACAUCAUCAAGAUCAAAAUCUGGCACGACAACACAGGACUGGACCCAUCGUGGAACCUGAAAUCACUUGUCGUACAUGACAUUCAGACUGACAAGCGGUACCACUUCCUAGCCAACAGCUGGUUCUCACUCGAGGAGCCUGACGGCUUUGUAGAAAAAGAUGUCUAUGUUGCAAGUCCUGAUGCUCUGAAGAAGUUCUCCACUGUUUUCAAGAACGAGACAGCCCGUGGCCUCUCGGAGCAGCAUCUGUGGCUCUCAGUCCUGGAACGACCUGCCAGAAACCGCUUCACCCGUGUGCAGCGCGUCACCUGUCUGGCCACUCUGGUCUACUCCUUCAUGUGUGUGAAUGCCAUGUGGUACGGUCUCAUCAAGACAAACACUGAGGAUGUGGAAAUCUGGUACUUUGCCUUCUCCUGGGAGGAGUUAGCAGUGGGCAUCAUCAGCAACCUGAUGGUCUUCCCCAUCAACCUCCUCAUUGUCACGCUGUUCCGCAAGAUAAAGAGCAAGGUUAAAGCAACUGACUACUAUGAACCAGUUGCACAGCGGGCGCAGACAGCUCAAACCAUUGAGAUGGACGUGAUGUGUGCCACAUCCCAGAACGGGGAGUCCCUCAUCACCAUGUCGGGGCAGUCCGAUCCGUUUGCCCUGUCAUUUGACCCUCGUACUGGCUCAAUGAAGCAUUCCCAGAGUUUCCGCCACGGUGGCCUUCUGGAUGAUGAUGAUGACAGUGAUGAUGAAGCGGAGUAUCGCCCGCGGGGAGGGAAGAUGAGUAUGGUUGACAGCUGGGAGGACCUGAGGAAGGACAAGAGGUCUCUGGAAAAUCGGAACAAACUGUGGUCCUACGAGAGCAUCAUGAACUGGUCUGACACAGAACAGGCACCAAGUAAAACAAAGAAAUCUCAGCUGAAGAGGAAAAAGACUGGUCGUUAUGGCAACGGGAAAGACAUUCCUGGAAUCCAUGUGGAUGCUGUGCUGUCAGAUGAUGAUGACGACGACUCAUGGGGCAAGACGGCCCCUACCCCGAAGAUCAAGAAGAGUGGAAAUUUCCUGUCCACCAAAACCCAGGCUGAUGGGAAGAUGUCGCGCACCCACAGUGUGGACGACCUGCUGACAUCAGACGAGUUCUGGAGCUCCAUCAUGGACGAGACGUCCGACCAGAAGGACUCCAGUCGAACCCUGCAGUCCAGCGGCAGCUUCACUCCAAGAUCUGAUGCUGACCUGGACAGUGGGAUUGGAGAUCCGAUACACAAGACCCUGGAGCCUUCCAUCCACUCGGAGUCUGACCAGAGCCAGCAGACCCAGACCUUCCUGCUGGAAUCUGACACCACCUCGCUGGACAGCAGUGUUCCCCCGCAGAGACGCCGGACGGGCAGGCCUGCCUCAAGCAGCUCAGUUGAGAGCCUUGAUGAAGAAAAGGGGAAGUGGCUGCUGCCCUACUGGUUUGUGUACAUUGCCUACCUGCUGUGUGCCAUCAUCAUCGCUGGCUGCAUGGUGGUCAUCAUCAUGUAUGGACAGGCAUUUGGGCGUGACCAAGCCACCAAGUGGGUGCUGUCCAUGUUCCUGUCCCUGAUACAGUCCAUGUUCCUGAUGGAGCCCAUCAGGGUGAUCCUGAUUGCUCUGUUCCUCGCCUCCAUCAGCAAGCCUACAAACCACGAUGAUGAGGAUGAUCUUGUGGACAGACCUGUAGUUGAGAACCAGGAUGACCGUACCAAGUCCAAGGCCAUCAGGGCUCCUUACGGAUACGGCCUACUCCAGGCCCGUGAGGAGGCCAGGAAGGUGCGCGUGAUGUACACCAUCAUCCACCAGUGCAUCUUCUACCUGCUCUUCAUCCUCACUAUUCUCAUCAUCGCCUUCAACGACAACGACCUGAACACCUACAGGAUGACUCACAGCAUCGAGGACUCCCUGGUGAAACCUGAGUUUGGGACCAGCAACCGCAGCUUCCUCACCAUCACACAGAGUGAGGACUGGUGGGAGUACAUGGACUCAGUCCUGCUGCCCACCUUACUGGACACCAGUCAGGGCCCCAUCAGGGACUCCAGCCUGGAGGGCGUGGUUCUGGGCGGGGUCAGACUCAGGCAGAUCAGAAACACUCCAGAAACCUGUAUGCUGCAAGGACUCAACCGUUAUCCCAACUUAUGGACGUCAGACUGGGAAUGUUACUACAAUGUCAGGUUGUCGACAGAGGACAGCAGCAGCUAUGGAGAAACAUGGACAGCAAGCCAAGCAAACCAAGCCAACUGGACCUACAGUGAAACAAACAGUUAUAAUGGGUUGAUGUACUAUGGCCGUGAUGGGUCCUACUCAGAUAAUGGCUACAUCCUGGACCUGCCAAGGUCAUACAAUGCCAGCAUCACUGCACUAGCAGCACUCAACAGUUCUGACUGGAUUGACAGAGGGACCAGAGCUGUGUUUGUGGAGUUCAGUUUGUACAACCCCAACGUGAACCUGUUCAGUGUGGUCACCCUGCUGCUGGAGCUUCCCGUGACAGGCGUGGGACGUGCCUCACGUGACAUCAAGUCUGGCCGCUUUGUGGUGUACGGGUACGGAGUGGACCUCCUCAUGAUCAUGCAGGGCUUGUUUGCUCUGUUCCUGUUGUACUACAUCGUGGUGGAGUGCUGUCAGCUGAAGAGACACGGCUUCAAGUCCUACCUCAAGCGCUUCCAGACGUACUAUGAGUGGACCAUCAUCAUCAUCAGCACAUCCUCGCUGGCAGUCUACAUCCACCGGCUGAUGUACACCACAGGUCUCUGGAGGGAGCACCUGGCUGACAAGACCAAGUUCAUCAGUUUCUUCCACUCUGCCUACCUCGGUCAAGUCACAGCCUACCUCAAUGGCCUCGUCAUCUUCCUUCUCAUGAUAAAGGUGGCGAGACAAAUGCGGUUCAGACGACAGUUUUCCAUAUUUGGUAAGGCCCUGAGGCUGGUUACCUGGGAACUGGCUGGCUGCUUCCUCAUCUUCUUCAUCCUCAUCCUCACCUAUGCACAGCUCGGGUACCUGCUGUUUUCCAACCACAGCCCAUACUUCACCAACAUGUGGAUGUCCAUCACUGCCAUGGUGGCGAUGUUCCGUGGCCAAGUUGACCUUGACCCCUGUCGAGAGGCCCAGCCUUUCCUGGCCUUCCUCUUCUUCACCUCCUACAUCCUGGUGGUUUUCUGUAUUGUGGGGCGGCUGUUUGGGGCCAUCCUGAUUCACGGGUUCACUGCAGUACGGAAGGAGAUGCAUCGCCCAGCUGUGGAGCGGCAGGACUACGAGAUGGUGGAGUUCAUGAUCAAGAGAUUCAAGAUGUGGACCGGCCUAGCCAAGCCUAAGGCGUGGCGCCACAAUGUGAAGUUCCUGGGUAUGGAUAGACUGUCAACUCGCUCAUCUCGGUCAACUGUAACCACACCGGGAGGCCUCUCCCACAUAUCGACUCCAAACAGCCCCAUCAGUCUGGAGUCCAGCGGCUCUGUUGGCCUGGGACACAUCCCUGAGGUGGGACAGAUGGACCCCAACCACCUGGAGUACCUACUGGACAGACUCACCCCAACGGUGGACGCAGUGUUGUCCACAUUUGAUCGUUUACGCCACUAUGUGGACGAUGACAACACCUUUGAUGAGGAACCCAUACAACCAGCACAAAGAAGUCAUCAGCGGACAAAUAUUAGCAACGAGACUCAACAAAAGAGAAAUAUCAACAUUAGUAGAAAGGAUGCCCAGAGUGCGCCGGCUAAGUCAGGUAGAUCGUCUAACAGAGUGUUGAAAGCCAGCAGCUCUUGGACACAAGGCAUUCCUGGACAGGAGAAGGCACUACCUACACAACGAGAGAAUUCCUGGACUAAAGGAUCAAGUACAAGUGGUCCACCAAGCAGGAGAGACCAGUCCUCCGCAUGGAGGCAGAACAAAGAAGUGUCAUGGGCAGAUAGAUACAAAGAUAAUGCAUGGGGAUCAUCGAAUUGGACUCGUAAAGGAGCCAGCGAUCCCUGGGGGGAUAGAAGGAGGGAAGACUCGUGGGAACAAAGUCACCCACGGUCGACCACAAACUCCCCAGCUAGGAAGAAAGAGCACUCCUGGAGCUCAGAUUACGGAAGCUCCAGGAGACAGGGGUCACGGGGAAGCGUGCCCCAGAGACCCACCCCAAAGAAACCUGCUUGGUGAAUAGAGCUGUAUAGGGUUUGAUAAUUGUCUGCUGUAUAUAUGGUAUGCUGUUUCCAGAGUUUCUAUUUUUCUAUUUCAGGAGCUUUUUGUAUAUAAUUGCUCAGCAGCUUUUUGCUCAUUUUUACAUCAGAGAGUGUGAUUUUAAUCCUGUAGAGGCUUCCAAACAUUCCAGAAGCUGCCAUACUUCAUGGAGAAUCCCUUUGAAAGUGUUUUUUUUUACUGUUGUUUGAUAUCAGAUGCUAUUAAAUCAUCUUUAAGAUGUAAAAUAUCCCCAUUUUUUGUGUGGAAAAACUAAAGUCUUGAUUACCUAGCAAAAUGUACAAGAAUUGAAUUGCUUGUGUGUGUAUAUAAAGAUAUUAUGUAUCUAACUUGUUUUGUAUAGUGGAAAUGUAACACUACCCAAUAAUUUAAAACUUGACAAUUGUGCUGUAAAUGAAUUAGACAAAACUAUGUUAACUAGUGGAAAUUGUUGGAUGAGACAGGUAGAUGAUUGAUGUCUUUCUGUCAGAUUUUAUGAAGAAAUAGUGCCAAAGUAAUGAAGUUAUUGAUUAAUAUAAAAAAAAUGUUGAAUGUCUAGAUGUAUGUGCUGUGUACUAUUGUUCAGUGUUUUGUGUGGUAUUGAUGUUCAUGUAUUUUAUUGAAGUAUUCCUGUGGUAAACUGUGGUCCAGCUCUACUCUCUCUCCUUGUCACUGCAACAAGAGAGCCUUCAGCUGUACCACAGUUUUCCCUUCCUCUUAUUCUGACGAAUGUCAUGUGAAGCUGUGCUUUGUUGUGACAGAUUGAUGAGUAAUAAAAGUGUCAUCUUGAA